AUGGAUUUGAUCCCGCCGUCAUACAAGUCCGCAACGGACCGUGAUGCAUGGGCCAUCAUCGCCCAUUACAUCCCCUCUAGCGAUCUAUGUGCCGCCUCGUUGGUCUGCCGUCGAUGGCACGAUCUGUUUAUGCCUUUCUUAUGGGGUGACCCGGCCUCACAUUUCGGUACAGAGAAUGACGCAGUAUAUGUGGCCCUGACCCGGUUUCGGAGAACUCUCAAGUAUGCCAGGCGAGAAGUACGGGCAUUAACCCACACGCUUCACUUACCUCCGGCAUUAUCAGAGAUCUACGGUGGCCCCCGACCGGGCUGGCUGAGAGAUAUUCUGGAGUACUUGCCCUGCCUGCAAUGUUUAAUGGUCUCGAGGUUACCCUUCUUUGAUCAUAAUGCGAUGGUUGCUUUGAAGAACCAUCCAAGGUCAAGUGAAUAUAAUGUCCGCCUAUUGUUAGCGGAUCAUGAGCCAAAUACGACUUCGGCUGGUCUGGCGGAGACUAUACUUCGCUUUCCUCGGUUGACAUACCUGGAUCUCUCGUAUACCAGGUCGGCUCGAGAUCAGAUCGUCCUGUCUUCCCUGUCUCAGCUUGAACAUCUUCAAGUGUUGAAAUUGCGUGGCAUUGGAUUAAAGGAUGCUGAUGCAGAGUUCCUUGCCAACGCGAUUGGAACUAGGACUCGUUUUCUGGAUGUUCGGAAUAACAUGCUCACCGAUAUGGCAGUCCGUUCUCUACUGCAAGCAUCGUUUAAACCACGAGACCAAACAGCCGAGCCAAGUACAAGACGCACUGGUACUUCACCAGACCGUGCUCCUCCAGCAGCUCGUGAUAACCGCCAAUCUGAAUUCCUGAAAUCUCCAGACCUGGACGAGCGAUACCUCAAGCUUCUCGCCCAACCUGGCUCAUAUCACCCCUGGAUCGAGGAUAUACCGUAUACGGGGAUCACCCACCUCUAUAUCGCCAACAAUCCAAUUACAGUAGAAGGUGUGGCUGGCCUCUUGGCUUCAUCUCGUCUCCAUGCUCUCGAUGUCGGCACCGUGAACACCGCAGACGUCAUUCAUAAAACAGCCUCCAGAAAUGGAAUAUAUCCUGGAGCCGAAAAGCUGGUACCUAUUCUAGGCAAUAUCGCCGGGGAAACGCUCACCUACUUUCGAGCUCACCAUGCUGUUGUCACUGCCGAGCCUCCAGCGAAAGACUUGGCACCAAAAGGCGAAUACCUUCCGGAGCUUCCUUCCAGCAGCGAGAUACGACGUGAAGCUGAGCUGGAUGCAUCACAGGAGAUUCAUGAGCUACCAGGAGAGAAUAUUCCAGUUUUUGAGCUUGCAGACACGUCGGUAUCGGAGUCAAAGGGUUCGACGGUCACGACUCCAGUCCCGUGGUCGUUGAAUCCAUAUGAGGAUGAGCCUCUUCCCUCAGUUAGACGUGGAUCUGCAUUCGCACCGGAAGUUGUACUUGAUCGAAGUCACGACAGCAACUCCACUGUCUUCAACAGCCCAUCACCCUCACAAUCAUACCAGCAAAAUGAUGAAGGCACCCUACAAUCGAUCUCAAACCUCUCUGUUCUGGAUGACGGCACCAUGGGAUCAAUCCCAAGAUGCAGCUCUCCAAAAUCGAUUGAUGAUCCCCGUGCCCAGAGAAUCCAGGAGCUGCUAGCGAAACGUCCACGCAAUCAAUCCCUCCCCCUCCGAGGUGGGAAAGAAAGCCGAUUCCCCUACUUACACCCGUCCCAUAUUCCCCAUCUAGAGACACUGGUCUUAACAGAUGUUCCCUCGCAUAUACCACCCAAUUCUAAGAUUCUCUACGCCCUGACUCGAUUCAUCACUGCUUGUUCCAACGAAGCUCUACUCGCAACCCUCCAAGCCGGAUCGGAUUAUUCCCUACCACCCGGUCAAGCACGCAUGCAAGCCGAACAACAACGUUCUCGAACACUCUUCGGCCUACGCCGAAUAGUACUCGAAGUCACACCCACCGAUAGCACAAACCGGCUUACUACAUGGAAACCAGGUGUCCAAAACUCGAGCACCGGUGACCGUGACUCGGAGGCUCUUUGGGCAGCAGCUGCAGAUGACUUUAGCUUCUUCGAUGAUAUGGAAUGCGGUAUUCCCGAGAAUGAUCCGGGCAAAUACUUCCCAAUGGCCGUACUCAAUGAGAAGGUUUCCCUCAUGCCCUCGGAUGAUGAUACUUCUACAUACUCUGGCGCGGAAUCGCCUAUGCCGAGUCGCCGUAUCUCGCAGAGAAGUGUUACAUCUGCGGUACGCAGUACACCUAGCCCAUCUCGACCGGUUGCGAAAGGGUCGCAGCCCACGACCGUGAAAGAAAUUGAUCUUGUGGCGGAACUUGCUGCCUUCCGUCGUGCUAAGAAGGCUGAGUAUGAGCAGGUCGUGCGUCGAGAGAGAGGACGGCGGAGUACUAAUGGCACGGGGAUAUCGAGCGUACCGGCCGCGACGACACCGCAGAUUUCGAUGGCGCAGUUUGUUGAAGGGCAUUGGAAGGGGGAGAUUAAAAUUGUGAGGAAUCCGACGUCGAAGAUGCGCAGCGGGAUGGUGGAUAUGUACGGGAAUUAUUUCGAGAAGGGCUAUCUUUAUCCAUGA